AUGUUAAAGCGUAAGCUGGAGCUGCAGGCUGCCGCCAUAGCCGAAGGUCAGGCGCAGAAAUCUGUGCCUUCAAAUCUCUUCGCGGAACCUAUUUGGGAACGCUUUUACAACAUUGAACGCAAACUUAAUACACAAUUGGCAGAGCUUGGGGUACCAGAUGGAGGUUUCAUUAAAUGCACCUACAACCCAGUGGAGUAUGCUGCAAUAUUGCACUGCGGUUACUUGCGUCGUUAUCUGAAUGGUAGCAAGGCAAUUAUGUUCAUAGGCAUGAAUCCAGGUCCGAAUGGUAUGGGUCAGACUGGGGUACCAUUUGGUAAUGUGCGUACAGUACGUGAUAUCAUGCAGCUCUCCGGAGAAGUGCUGCAGCCGCCAGUGUUGCAUUCCAAGCGCCCUGUCAAUGGCUUGAACUGCACCACGGAGGAGCCGAGUGGCGUGCGUCUGUGGGAACUUUUCCAGAAGCUGGCAGGUGGCAACUUGGACACAUUCUCCCAGCAGUGCUUCGUGCACAACUUCUGUCCGCUGGCCUUCUUCGAUGCUGGCGGUCGCAACAUUACACCAAGUGAACUGAAAGCUCCUUACAAGCAGCAGGUGCGCGACCUGUGUCUGGAUGCCUUAGAGCAGGAACUGCGGUUGGUGCAACCGCAAAUUGUAGUUGCUGUUGGAGAUUAUGUCUUCACCACGCUCAAACGUUCGGUGUACUGCGAGGCUAUCGCCACAUUCCGUCUGCCUCAUCCGAGUCCGCGUGCUUUGAAUAACACAAACUGGCCGGAGAAGGCGCAACUGUUUUUAGAGCAGCACGAUCUCAUCAAAUACAUGCGCAAUGAGGCAUAGAAUUAUUUAGUAAGUAAGCAAAGGCAUUUGAAAUGCAUUUACAUAUUUUAUAGUUUGGGUUUUGUAUUAUUAGACAGCAAGUCGGAGACAUUAAAAUAGGGAAAAGGUAGAAGGUAAAAGGUAUAAACACAUACAUACAUGUACAUAUUAAAUGUAUACAUACUUGUACAUAUGUAUAUGUACAUUGAAAAGACAUCCCAUAGGGAAACAUUCCUUCCAAUGUAACAAAAACAUCAAAUAUUUGUUUAUGGAUAAAUUUAAUUACUAUAAUUCCAUGUUAAAAGUUUACACGCUUUUUU